ACCCUAAAAGAAAUGUUGGAUAAAUCUGAACUAGAAAUGUACAUCACAGAAGCAGUGGCGACAGUUAACCACAGGUACAAGCUGCAUUACCACAUCACGCCACCAGUCGGCUGGAUGAACGGCCCCAACGGAUUCCUGUUUUACAAAGAAGAAUAUCACCUGUUCUACCAAUAUUACCCCUACGACACCCAGUGGGGUCCUAUGCAUUGGGGUCACGUGGCGAGCACCAAUCUAAUCGACUGGAGACCGCUUCCCACUGCGCUACGGCCCGCAGACGAACAAUGUUUCUCGGGCAGUGCCAUCGAUAACCAAGGCAUCAUGGUCCUCAUGUACACAGCGCAUCAAUCGACGAAAAAUCCACCUUUCUACAAUGAAUCACAAUAUCUGGCGUUCAGUGUUGACGGCGUAGACUUCCACAAGUACAAAGGCAAUCCUAUCGCCAUAAAGCCUCCACCAGGCACUCAAGACUUCAGAGAUCCCAAAGUGUGGCGGCACGGUAUGCACUGGUACGUGGUCCUCGGCAGCAAGACUAGAGACCAAAGGGGCGCGGCGAUACUCUACAGGUCUACAGAUAUGAUUCAUUGGCAAUUCCAAAGCGUCUUGGCUGAGUCCAGCGGAGCCUUGGGCAAUAUGUGGGAGUGGCCCGACUUCUUCGAAAUCAACGGAAAAUUUAUCCUCAUGAUUUCCCCGCGAGGCAUAAUCCCAUCCGGAGACAGAUUCAAAAAUACUUGUCAGACAGGGUACAUUGUUGGCACGUUUAGUUACGCCACAUGUCAAUUCAAACAAGAAGUCGGCUUCCAAGAAUUAGAUUACGGCCACGAUUUUUACGCCACGCAUACAGCUGAGAGAAAUGGCAAAAGAUAUCUGAUUGCAUGGUUUGGGAUGUGGGAGUCUGUCCAUCCUGAAGAUGCCGACGGUUGGGUCGGCGCCAUGACGCUAGUACGCGAACUGGAUUUAGUUGGCAGUCGCAUCUUAAUGAAGCCUGUUGAAGCGAUAACUAGCCUCAGAGAAGAAACUAUUUUAGAAGGUGAAUUUCAUCACAAUGCUUCCAUAGAAUUUGAGAAGACUGGAGAGAUUAUUGUGAACUUGGAUUUGACUGAAAAUAUUGAAUUGGAAAUUACGGGUACUCUCGGUGGCGAUAGACUAUCGGUGCGCUGGAGUCUGGAUGAGGGUAAAAUGGUGGUGGAUAGAAUGGGGGAAAUCAGACAGGUGGGGUGGGAACCGCUCGAUACUGUCAUUUGGAGAAUCUUCUUGGAUACCAGCUCUUUCGAACUGUUUUGCGGUGAAGGUGAAGUAGUGUUUAGUUCCAGGGUUUACCCUCUUGGUGAAUGGCGAGUAUCUAACAGGGGUCCUCAGUCUCUCCAUGUGGUAGCUUACACUCUAAAAAAAAAGCGCAAGGCAAAUUAAGUGACGAACUUGUUUUUUUUGUGAAGACGAUGAACCAACGACAUGCCUAAUUUGUUGUGUUAGUAAUAUUUUUAGUUAUGUAUUA